AUGUCUGAGCGAAAAGUCCUUCAGAAAUGGUACCCCCCGGACUUUGAUCCGCGGACCAUUACUGGCAAGUCAGGCCCCAAGAAGACGGGCCCGAAGAUCCAGACAGUGCGUCUCAUGGCGCCUUUCUCCAUGAAGUGCCUGACGUGCGGCGAAUUCAUCUAUCGCGGGCGCAAGUUUAACUCGCGCAAGGUGACCGACCAGGCGCACAGGUACCUCAAUAUCCAGAUCUACUCCUUUCAUAUCAAGUGCACGCGCUGCAGCGCCGAAAUUACCUUCCGCACGGACCCUAAGAAUAACGACUACGCCAUGGUGAGCGGCGCGAUGCGCAACAUGGAGCCCUGGCGCGACCGUGCCGCCGCCAACGAGAGCCUCGAAGACCGCCUCGACCGCCUGGAGCUGGAAGAGGCCGAGGCCGCCGGCGAGGAGGCCGAAGGGCGCAACGCCAUGGAGGAGCUCGAGGUCAAGAAUGCCGAUGCCCGCCGCGAAAUGGCCGCCGCCGACGCGCUCGAUGAGAUUCGCCAGCGCAACGCCCGCAUCCACCGCUCGGAAAAGGAUGGGGUGGACUAUGCGGACGCGGUCGUGCGCGGGGAAGAUGAGGAGCGCGUGAGGCAGGAUGCGGAAGAUACAGAGGCGGCGCGGCGGGCGUUUGCGCGACCCUUGAUCCGUGUGGAGGAGAAGCGGCAGCCGCUCCCGGUCGUGCUUGAUGCGAUGGUGUUUGACCCGGUGGUGUUGGAUGUGGUGGCGUUGGAUGCGGUGGUAGAGGAGGAGGAUGAGUCGCCAGCGGUCAAUAGGCCCACGAAGGUGGUGAGCGAGAUGCCACCGCCGGCGAUGACGGUGCCGUCGUUCAAGAGGACGGUGAAGAAGAAGAAAGACCACUCGGCGCUUUUGGGUAUCAAGAAGAAGCCGGCUCUGGUGUAA